GAAGACAAAAGUCACUCAAAUUAAAAACGCAAUUCGCGCCAAGUUUGCCGGUUUACCCAGUUUUUAAUUUUAGUUUUUGAUUUUUAUGGAAUAUUAUUUGCUCCAUUUUUCCUUGAAAGACACUAGAUAAACGUUUUCAUUUGCUUUUAUGAGUUUUGGUGUUAGUAAAUAUGUCUUACAAAUUAUCAGAAGGGGCCCUGGAGGUCAUAAUGAAUGGCGGUCAUUAUGAUAAACCGGUGAUGCAGAUACUUGGGAACAAAAAGAUUCAGGGUAGUGGCGCUAACGACAGAUUCAGGUUAUUGUUGUCAGAUGGGAAACAUUCGCUGAGUUUCGCUAUGCUCGCGACGCAAUUGAACGACAAACUGAUAAAUGGGGAAUUGUCAGACUACUCGGUUGUCCAAGUGGACCGCUUUAUCACUUCAGUACUAAAGCCUAAUUCGGAAAAGAGAGUUAUGAUCUUGAUUGAAAUCACAAUAUUAGCUCCUGGCUCUGAAGUUGGCAAGAAGUUGGGUAAUCCUCAAACAUGGACAGAGGACUCUGCACAAGCGCCUGCACAAGUCAUGAAGCCAGCACCGCAGGCUAAGCCAACGCCAGCUCCCAUCAUCAAACCCUCCAACCCACAGCUGGACUCCAGUAUGCUGUCAUCGCAGAUGACACAUCCAAUUGCAAGUCUUAGUCCAUACCAAAAUAAAUGGGUUAUAAAAGCUCGUGUGAUGAACAAAUCGGCAGUCCGGACUUGGAGCAAUGCUCGAGGUGAAGGGAAACUGUUCAGUAUGGAUUUGUGUGAUGACAGCGGAGAAAUUAGAGCCACCGCAUUUAAAAAUGAAUGUGAUAAGUUUUACGAUAUGAUUGAGGUCGAUAAAGUAUAUUAUAUAAGCAGAUGUAUUCUAAAGCCAGCAAACAAGCAAUUUACGAGUCUAAAGAAUGACUAUGAGAUGACUUUCACCGCAGACACAGCUGUCUCAGAAUGUGUGGAGGAUGCCUCAACAGUACCUUCGGUGAAGUUUGAUUUUGUACCAAUCAGUGAAAUUGCUAAUAGGAGUCCGGAUUCAUUGCUAGAUAUGAUUGGUGUGUGUAAGAGUGCAGCGGAGGUGAUGGAACUCACAGCUAAAAGUACGGGCAAGUUGUUGAAGAAACGAGAAGUGACGCUUGUCGACUCAUCGGGUGGUGCGAUAACUCUUACUUUAUGGGGUAAUGAAGCUGAGAAGUUUGAUGGUAGUUCAAAUCCUGUGAUAGCUGCUAAGGGCGCGCGGCUGACGGAGUUCAACGGCAGCAAGUCGCUGUCGUGCCUGUCCAGCACCAUGGUGCGCGUCAACCCCGACCUGGCGGCGGCGCACCAGCUGCGCGGCUGGUACGACAGCGGCGGCGCGCUCUGCGACACCGUCAACAUCUCCGCCAGGAGCGGCAGUUCGGGCGGCGCGGGCGAGUGGCUGACGUUCUCGGAGGCGGAGGCGCAGCAGCUGGGCGCGGGCGAGCGCGGCGACUACUACUGGCUGCUGGGCGCGCUCACCUUCACCUUCAGCGACAACGCCGUCUACAAAGCCUGCCCCCAGGACCAGUGCAACAAGAAACUCCUCGACCAGGAGAAUGGACUCUACCGCUGCGAGAAGUGCAACAGAGAUUAUCCCAACUACAAGUACCGUCUGCUGCUCGGAGCGAACGUGUCUGACCCGACUGGCGACCAGCGCGUGACCGCGUUCAACGAGGCGGCUGAGAGCAUGCUGGGGAGGAGCGCCGCCGACAUCGGACAGAUGUACGACUACGACAAGGCCGCCUACAGCCAGUUAUUUGAACAAGUCAAGUUUAAAACGUUCCUCUUCAAGUUCCGCACCAAAAUGGAGACAUACAGUGAUGAAGCUCGAUUAAAGACGACAGUGAUGAGCGCGACGCCUGUCGACUAUAAAGACGCGAACACACGACUUGUUAAAAGUAUCAAAGCUCUGAGCGGAGUCGAAGUAUAACUUCUAUAUGUUCGUGUUGUCCAUUUAAUAUUAUGUUCCAAUUAUUACUGUUUUUGAUGUAAGCUAAACAUGGAAGUAUAUUCACUAAUUAUGUUCUAAAUUUAUUGUAAUUAAAAAUUCUUUUUUUUAA